UCUCUCUUUUUUUCAGGCUGGGUUUGUUAUGCAGAAAAAACAUACGGUGAAGGGUUCUCACUCGUGCCCUAUCUCUCCCGGACCCGUUCACCACAACAAACCAUCGGUCGCCUCGUGAAAUUAAACAAUCCAAAAUCAGUUUUUCAUAUCACAAUCAUGCCGUGUUUCGACAAAAAACUGGAAGCUUCUCGCAGUGAAUUCACUGAGGAUGGACAAAUCCCGGACGUGGAUCUUGUUUUGGCCACGAAUGAACUAGUGCAAUUGAUUGGCGAUUGUUCCACCGCCCAUGAUUGGACCGCAGCCCCACCCGUCCUAAGUUCCUUGAGACAGGAAAAUUUUGGGUCUGGCGGGUAUUCGACAUAUGUUUUUAUCUACGCGGCUCAGAAGCUUUUCAAUAUCACACUGUCAGAUCCAUUCGAAGAUCCCCGUGUCCUCAUCAGACAGUUGCACAACCGAGAUCUCCAGGUACGAAAUUCGUUUCAAGUUGUUUACACUGGAUCAUUUUCACAAUUACCAACAGAAAUAUGUAGGGCUAAAAUUGAAAGAUCAGUUGUUCCCUAUGUUCUUACUUUGUCUCACCAUUGUCCCAUAUACAUUAUUGGUUCGGUUUCCAAUGUCGCUUUUUCACAUGGAAAUUUGUUUUAUUGGUUCCAUUUGGACCACGUGGUUUUACAGCCUAGAUUGCAAGAGCUGAGGUGUAUGUGCCGUGCGAAUUCAACAAUCGCACGGGCAAUUAUGCUUUGUUUGAACAUUCAGUUAUGCAAUCCCAGAAUAAUAGACCAUUAA